AUGGGUAUCACCUCUGCAACAUGGUCAAAAGUGGUUGACAUCACUUGUAUCUCCAUAGUCCUUCUUGCUCUGUUGGUAUCGCUUGCCACGCUUGUUUCCUCAUGUUACAACAACAACAAACAAGGUAGAAUCAAACUACCCGAUAAAUCGUCAGAACAAGAAAUCGCGACAAAGAAAGAUGAAUUGAAUGCGAAAUUACGUGAUCAAGUACCAAAAGACCUGACUGAGGAAGGAGAGCCUGUCGAAGUAGAGACCUUCUGGAGGAAGGUAUUAUUCCCAAAAUGUCUUCUCUUAUUUGCGACUCUUGGUAUCAUUGGCCUACAAAUUUACACUGUUAUUAAACAUCGACCGAUCUUAUCUGACCAUCUUGGUGUUACAAUUUUCAUUCUAGAAGGCAUUACAUCAGUCUAUCUCCUUUGUUUAGCUUCCGUCUAUCUACUCACCAAAAGCAUAUCCACUCAUAAAUCACUUACCAAUCACAUAUUCACCAUAUCAAGUUUUAUGCUUGCUCACCUUUACUUCCAGAUUAUAGGAAGAUACCUAUUCAACUACGAAUCUGCAUACUCACUCGUUCAUUGGACACGGUAUGCUCUCUUGGGAGGAUACUUGAUACAUGUCCUAAUCGGUGGGAAUAUACUUACAAGCCCUAAUUUGUAUAUCGACUUGACUCCAAUGUACUCUAAGUCAGUCACGAACCUCUUGAAAGAAGAUCCAACUAUUGGUAGUCAUCAACAUCAAUCUGGAAAUAUAAUCGAACAAGAAACAACCACAAUAUUUAGUCAAUUAUUGUUCGGUUUCGUAUUUCCAAUGAUCAUGAAGACCUCAGCUAAAGAUCAAGUUGAUAUUACGGAUUUACCUGCUACUGCGAAAGAUCUACGAACUCAAAACAUCUAUCAUCAGACUAUGACUUCGAACGAAGAUGGAAGUAAGCUGAAAUGGGAGAAUCACAAGACUUGGUCUUUGUUGUAUACUGUUUGGUGGCCUCAGAAAUUAACUGUUGCUAAAGCAUUUGGCUACUCGAUCGCUGCCUGUCCAUUAUGGUAUAUCCCCCACGUAUGUUUACAACAAAUCUUAUCUGUUCUGGAUGAUCCCAAUUCAUCCAGGAACGCGGCGAUUGCUUUCGCUUCAUUGAUGGUGAUCACGACUUUCGGGAGCAAAGUCAUGGCCAUGAGACAAUAUAACCUGCAAACGGCUUAUGGCGGACCGAGAAUCAACAGCCACACUUCUUUUCUCCUGUUCCAAAAAGUACUCACCAGAAACCUGUUCGCAGCAAGUGAUAAGGAAGAUGGCGGGAAAGUGGUACACACUAAAGCUGAUAUCCUCAAUCUUACCUCAUCUGAUGCUUCUAGUGUACAAAGAAUAGGUUGGACAGGUAGUGAGCUGUUUCAAGCCCUGUUGGAGUUAGCACUUGGAUGCGGGUAUAUUUGGAUGUUGCUCGGUACAUCGGGAAUGUGGGGAUUUGCCACAUUGAUAUUCACCUGUCCAUCUGCUUAUUUCCUUACCAAAUGGGAGUAUCAAGUGUUCGAGAAGCGUCUGGCGAUAAGGGACGAAAGAGUGUCUUUGAUGCAGGAGGCUAUCCAAGCGAUAUCAAUGAUUAAGAUGAUGGCUACGGAGAAGUUCUGGUUCAAGAGAAUUAACAGUGUCAGGAAAAGGGAGUUCAAAAAAUUGAUUUCGGCUCAACUUGUAGGUUAUGGAUCCAGUUUAUUAUACACCGCUGCUCCAGUCAUCUUGGUGAUUGUCUCUUUCGCUCAUUAUACACUUGUGGCUAAGAAAGAACUUAAUGCGACUAUUGCAUUUACAUCGAUCGCUGUAUUCGAUGAACUUCGAGUGGCCCUGUUCAACCUCCCAUCCACUAUCGCCGAACUCCUGCAAGACAUCCUCGGAGCCAAGCGAAUUGCCAAUUUCCUUACCAACACCGAUGUCCAAUACCUUUCCGAAGCAGCAGAUCAAGAUCCAUCCAAUGAAGACGAACCGUUAUAUGUGAAAGGUACAGUCGCAUGGGAUACACCGAAACCUUAUAACCCAUCUACUACUACCGCAGCCGGGGACAACAAUUCGGGAACUUCAACCCCAUCUGAAAAUACUGUUGGCUUUAGACUUCAAAAUUUGGAUGUAGAAUUUCCUCGGGGUAAAUUUACGUUGGUUUCUGGAAAGUUCGGUUCGGGGAAAUCAUUACUUCUGCUUGCCCUUUUAGGCGAAGCUAGAUUGAUAGAAGGGAAGAUAUCGUAUACUGUUUCUCCUGUCAUGGAUCUUAAGGAGUUGGAUGGGAAGGAUUGGAGUUUGGUGAAACGCGCGGUGGCUUAUGUGCCGCAGAUACCUUGGUUGUUGAGUCAAAGCAUUCGGGACAAUAUCCUUUUUGGCCUACCACUCGACAUAGAGCGAUACCGGGCGGUAUGCUUUGCCACUGGUCUGAUGCCUGAUUUGGAGCUCUUAGAAGAUGCUGAUCUGACUGAAAUUGGAGAACGUGGCAAGAUUCUAUCAGGAGGCCAAAAAGCCAGAGUCAGUCUUGCCCGAGCUGUUUACUCCCGAGCCUCAACACUUCUUUUAGACGACGUGAUCUCCGCUGUCGACGCACAAACAUCCAAACACAUCGUUAAACACUGUUUCAAAUCCCCUUUACUAGCGGGUCGGACGGUGAUCAUCGCCUCGCAUGCUAUCGAAGCUUUGGCACCUCUGGCCCAUCAUUCGAUCUACCUCGAAGAUGGACAAUGUAUGUUCGAUGGAACGGGUAGGGAAUUACUGGAUAGUGAAUACAUGUCGCAUCUCAAGACGGAAUCUAGGAUGCCUAGUAGGAUGCCAUCGAGAAUGCCAAGUAUGAUUAAUUUAUCCGAUCAAACUCAAAAUGAAAAUGCUUUGAUAUCGAAAGAAGUAACGGAGAGAGUUGAAAAAAAUGAAGUAUCCGAAAUAUCCAUGGAACAAGCUUCGAAAUUCGAAAUCAAAAUUGCAAUCCCCAAAACGCCCAAACAAUUGAUUUUGGAGGAACAGAGAGUGACGGGUACGGUCGAUUUGAAACAUUGGUACAACCUCUUAGCACUAAAUGGCGGGGGGCUUUACUGGACACUCGUAAUUCUGUUGAUGUUGGCUAGUACAUUGACUCCUAUAUCUGAAAGAACUGUCCUAUCUCUUUGGACUGGUACGGAAGACGGUGGCAAGGCGUCCGAGGAGCAUAGUGUUAUCUUCUGGGUCUCUCUAUAUGCCAUUCUUUCGAUGACCCGAGUCAUCUUUGGAAUCUUGUUUCAAUGCUCCAGGUUCUUCGGUGGUAUGAGAGCUAUGAAGCUUAUUCACGGUCAAAUGCUUGAAUCUUUGUUACGUUCCAAGAUGAUAUUCUUUACCAAAACUCGAGCCGGAUCAAUUGUUCAGAGAUUUGGGAAAGACCUGAACGAUAUACUCGAUUGUUCUGAGCUGUUGGGGGAAUUUGCAGAAGGAGCGAUGAAUGUGAUUAUAAGCUUGCUCUCGGUGUCAAUAUAUGGUGGAUGGGUAUUCGCGUUUGUCGCUGUGGCUUUAACAGUAGCAUCUUGGGGACCUGCGAGAUGGUACAGAGCUUCGUCCAGACAAGUCAGAAGACUCCAAGCCAUAAUUCCUGGUCCUAUUAAUGCCAUCUACGGCGAGACUGUCGCUGGUACUUCCGUUAUCAGAGCUUUCGGUGCUCAGUCAGUCUUCAUUGAUGAUCUAAUGAGAUGGACUAAUAUGAAGAUCACCGCAAUGGUAUGGACAAUCGCUAUUUCUCGAUGGCUUUACAUCAGUUUCCAGAUAUUCGAUUCGAUCCUUCGAAUCACCGCCCUGACCCUCCUCCUCACCAGGUCGAGCACAGCAGGCGCAUCAGCAGGAUUCGUCCUGACAUUUGUAGGAACAGUAUCAAGUAAUAUGAAUUGGAUUUUGAUCCAGAUGCGUAAUUUCGAAUGGAAAGGUGUUUCUCUCGAGAGGGCCUCGGAAUAUCGUACGCUCGAAAGGGAAGAUGGACCUUCGCUCGAUCCGGAGGAUGCUAGCAGGUUAGACCUUGGCCUAUGGCCCGAACAUGGUGCUUUGAAUGUGAAAGAUUUGUGUGUCAGAUAUGGUCCGGAUAUGCCUGAGAUCUUACAUGAUGUUUCGUUUGAAGUGGCUGGACGCCAAAGGGUUGGUAUAGUCGGUGCUACAGGUGGUGGGAAAUCAACUUUGGCAAAAGCCUUCUUCUCGUUUGUGGACGUUACUAAAGGGAAGAUAGAGAUCGAUGGAAAGGAUACAUCGAAAAUCCCAUUAGGUCAAGUCCGUUCGAAGCUCGGUAUCAUCGCCCAAGAUCCAAUCUUGCUCUCCGGAUCAUUACGUUUGAACCUCGAUAUUGAAGGAGAAUACUCAGAUGAGCAAUUGUACGAUGCGUUACACCAAGUGCAGCUUUUGAAGAAGAACGAUUCACCUUCUUCAGCGCCUGCUUCUAUCGAUGAACGAGCGAGUGGGUCAGAAACUGCUGCUGAUAAUGUUAAUGCCAGUCAACAGGAUAAUAUAUUCAAGAAUUUGGAUUAUGAUAUCAAAGGUGGUGGUGAAAACCUCUCAGCCGGUCAAAAACAACUUGUUGUUCUAGCCCGAGCAUUAUUGAAGAAACAUCGAGUGCUGAUAUUAGACGAAGCUACUGCGUCUAUCGAUUCAGCCACAGAUGCAGAGAUCAGUAGGGUCGUACAUGAAGAAUUCACUGAUGCGACUGUAUUGAUCAUUGCACAUCGAUUGAGGACUAUCAUGCCAUGUUCCAAGAUUCUCGUGAUGGACCAAGGCCAACUAAUCCAACAAGGCUUACCCAACCAAUUGAUCCAUCAAGAAGGUAAAUUCAAGGAAUUGUGCAUGGCAGCUGGUUUAGAAGAGUAUGAACAUCUAGUCCAAUUGGCUGAGAAUCAUUCGACCGGUGGAUAUACUUCGCAAGGUGGUCAAUUGGUUGAUAUCUAG